AUGAGAGGAAUUGGAGGAACGUCGUUGAGUGAACGAAAUCUGAGGUAUCCAGGAGAGUGUCAAGUCAGCAGACCCGAUCUGAUGCAUGCACCUCCUUCAGUUAAGCUUCUACAUCCUAUAUUGCUCAUCCAUGCCUUCUUGCAAUUAACAGACAAGUUGGAAGGGGUGGAGACGGGUUGGAGUGGGGCGGUAAUGCAACUCAGAGACCACCGUAUUGGUGAACAGAAGUGUCACUGGGUUGUGACAAUUGUGCUUGAAAAGAGAAGAGUUGGUUAA